UUAAUUGCAGAAGAAUGGUUUGUGCACUAAGAAUCUUCCAAGUUAAGCCUGACAGCUUACUAAUUUUCGUGUUUCUUUUGAUACUUGAAUCUAGUAUUGCUUGCUCUGCUUUGCCUUUAUUUGUACUUAGUUCUAACUCACGCACAACGGCGUUGUCUAUGAUUUCAGCUUUGCUUUCCUUACUUGAAUGUUGGUGUGAGCUAUAAUAUGUAAUUUCGUUCACGAAAUUGAAGCGGUAUUCAACGAUAGCGCUCAAUCCACUACUCUGCUGGUUAAACUCUAUCUCGAUGUUCGACAAUGUCUCCGAAAUCUUUGAUUUUCCUUCCAUUCGUUUUUCUAUUCUUCCUUCACCGGAGAUGAAAUGUCCUAAAAGCGAGUUGUUUAAAUAAAACCCACUUCUCAUUCUUUCAAUGGAUACAACGUGCAUCGAGUCGUAGUAAUCAAUUCCUAUCAAUAUUUCUGGUGCCAUAAUUUCUAUUUUCGCUUUAAUUUUUGGUGAUCGCAUCUCAUUCAGUAUUGAUGUAUUGUACUCGAUUAAUUUUAGCUCGUUCACCACUUUUUCUAUUUCUCGGGCUUUCAAAAUUUGAUCAAAAUUUCUUCCUUUUACGCCAAAUUCAACGAUUUGCGACUCAUAUGUACCUAAUUGUACUCCUCCUAAGC